AUGGGCAUUCAGAAAGAUGCCAAGGAUUUGGAAACAUUCACACCGCUGAAAAUUCCACUGCCACCAGCACAUUAUCAGCAAAUGCUCAAAUGCCUACGGCUCCCACUGCACGCCGUCGAACUGACCACCUUUCUUGGACCUCUCUUCUGGUACAGAUAUGUUCUUCUUGAAGACGAUGAUCCUCACCUUCAGAUGGUCUUUGGAAAGCAUGAUAGCCGUAAGAAGACCGGAACCCGCGGCUGGGAACUGAUUCUAUCAUAUUCUUUCAAGCGACGCGAGACCACAGGCUUCGUCAAAUGGACACCUACCGCCGAUAUCGUUGAGUGCUUGUCAAAUUUGCGAGAUUGUGUUCUUGACAUAUGCCAUCCACUUCUCAUCCCCAGCAUCAUCAUGUCUGAUCUCGUAGCAACAUCUAACGAAGUGAAACAACGAGAAGCCCGAACUAGCAUUCGACAACUAGAAAAAGCAAUCAGUGUCAAUGACGAUACUACAGGCUUUUACUACUCAAAGGACGGCACCAUCGACUUACGCACAGUCGCAAGUGAUCUCACAGAACACCACAGAAGAAUUCUUCAUAGACCACCCAAACUUUACUCCAAGGUCAUUGAUGCUUUGGAAGCUGCCACAGAUUGCUUCUGGGCACAUGUCGACCCUACUCAUAAGACCAAAGCGUUGGAUCAGCUCCAUGCGACUUUGAAGGACCGUUUUCAUUGUCACAGAGUACGACUCGUCGGGUUGGAGAAAUACGUUUCCAUAUCCGUGGAACGCUUGAAUAUCCAACGAAGCAUGGUUUCUUUCAUUACGGCCGAAAUUGCACAGAAGGAUGCGAAAUUGAACCUCAAGAUAGCAGGAGAUCAGAGAAAAAUAGCUCAUGCUAGUAAGAGCGAUAGUCAGGCAAUGAAGGCCCUUUCUCUUCUCGGUGCUGCUUUUCUGCCUGGCACAUUCAUCGCCUCCAUUUUCAGCAUGUCAUUUUUCGACUUCCAGACUCAAGUUCAUGUUUCGUCCAAGAUUUGGAUUUACUUCGCGUUUAUGGUCCCGUUGACGACGGCAGUCCUUCUUGGUUGGCUCUUCUGGGAUCAUAAGCGAAGAAGAUUGCAACACUUGACAAGGUCAUCUUCCAAUAACAGCGGCUCUGACACAGAGAAGGCAAUCAUGUUUGAGAUAUCCAAGAGAGCGUGA